AAAUAGAUGACCCAUGUGACGAGACACUUGAGUAAGUCGGCAUUGUGGUUUUAUACACGACUGUCCAAACCUAAUCGACUGUGUUAGAUUGCAAGUUAAUAACAGCAACUCUUGGUUCUGGCAAGUUUCAAGAAAGCCACGAUUUGAAAAGAGGGAAAUGGCUCACAUAAAAACGUCGCGUCUUAGUGAUGAGGAGAAGGAACUGAUGUCCAAGAAUUACAUUAGUUGGCAGCAAGGUCAGGAAUACGUGCGAGUUGAGCCGGGCAGGUGCACCUUGCCCAUAGCAUACGAGAAGUUAAAGGAUAAAAUCUACAACUGGCCACUAGGUGAUGGGGAUGUCUUUGUGUUUGGUUGGGUGAAAACAGGCACUACAUGGGCACGGGAAAUGGUGUGGUGUCUCUUGAAUGACUGCCAACUUGAAAAGGCCAAGCAGAAGCAGCUCAAUGAGCGAAUACCGUUCAUUGAUAUGGCUGUUAUAGCUGAUUUUGAUGGAAAUUGUGAAAAAGAGCUGGGUUUAAAAUCUGAAGAAGUUAUAGAUAAAUUGCGAAAGUUGCCAUCACCCAAGACCCUCAAAUCUCAUCUGCCUUUUGAUUUGUUCCCUCCAGAUCUUCUUGAUAAAAGCAAAGUUGUCAUGUGUCUGAGGAACCCAAAAGACACGCUAGUCUCGUAUUAUCAUCACGAGAAACUGCUCAAGUUACAUGGAUUCACAGGCACCUUCGCUGAUUAUUUUGAUAUUUUCAUGCGCAAUUUGAUGAUUUAUGGCGAUUAUUUUGAAUAUGCUACUACUGCUUGGAAAAAACGUGAUCACCCGAACAUGUGCAUAAUCUUCUACGAGGAAAUGAAAAAGGAUCUUUCGGCCGUUGUUAAGAAAGUUGGAAAGUUUCUAAAGAAAGAAGUUACAGAGGAGCAAGUCGAGAAGCUUGUGGAACAUCUUAGUUUCAAAACAAUGAAGAACAACAAAACGGUAAAUAACGAAGCAAUCAGAGGUGUGGCUUUUGUGCCAGGACAAAAUGGCAGCUUUAUUAGGAAGGGAGAAGUCGGAGAUUGGAAAAAUUACUUCACAGAUGAAAUGAAUAAGAAGAUGGAUGCAGAAAUUGACAGGCGUUUUAAAGGAAUUGGACUCGAAUUUGAAUAUGAGUAAAUGUUUUAUUUUUUUACUGUUGUUUAGCCAAUUUUUGGAUUCAUUUGCAAUAACGAAAGAAGUGAA